AGUUGUUGCACAAACUUCCGACAAGGAUGCGCGAAACCCUGUAAGGGAUUUCCCUUUAUUUGAUAUCGUUGUUGAUUGCCGUGAAAGAGAAAAAACGCAGUAUUGAAAGGCUAGAAACACAGCGCCAGUCAUGUCAGAGACAUACGAUUUCCUGUUUAAGUUUCUUGUGAUAGGAAAUGCAGGAACUGGAAAAUCUUGUCUGCUUCAUCAGUUUAUAGAAAAAAGAUUCAAAGAUGACUCGAAUCAUACUAUUGGGGUUGAAUUUGGCUCAAAGAUAAUCAGUGUGGUCAAUAAGUUUGUCAAGCUCCAGAUCUGGGAUACAGCAGGACAGGAACGUUUCAGGUCUGUAACACGCAGCUACUACAGAGGGGCAGCGGGGGCUCUUCUUGUGUAUGACAUCACUAGUCGAGAAACAUACAACGCUCUGACUAACUGGCUGACAGAUGCCAGGAUGUUGGCCAGCCAGAACAUAGUGAUCAUACUGUGUGGAAAUAAGAAAGAUCUGGAUGCUGACCGUGAAGUCACCUUCCUGGAGGCCUCGCGCUUCGCUCAAGAGAAUGAGCUCAUGUUUUUGGAGACCAGUGCUCUAACAGGGGAGAAUGUGGAGGAAGCUUUCGUCCAGUGUGCUCGGAAAAUCCUUAACAAAAUAGAGUCAGGAGAGCUGGACCCGGAGCGGAUGGGUUCAGGAAUCCAGUACGGAGAUGCAGCAUUGCGGCAGCUGCGUUCUCCCAGACGGGCUCAGGCAGAGAGCGUGCAGGAGUGUGGCUGUUAACACAGAUCCCAGACAUCUGACCAACCAGGUUUUGUGAACACGAGGAGGAGGACAUUAGUGGGGCGUGUAACGUACGGCUCAUCGUGUUGGAGCGACUGUUUCCCUCACCUUACUUUUACUUCUGUUCUGACAUGCCGGGGACCCCCUUGAACUCCAAAAGGAUCCGGAAAAUGUUUACUGUCCCCCUCGGGUCCAGGCAAAGACAUCUGUGGUACCCAAAACCCUGAGGGUAAUUAAAAGAUCUGGCCCUUGCCCCUGAGAAUACUGCACUGAGCCCCUGCCCCAUCUUUCCCUCUUCCAUAUGUAGUUGUUGUGUAGAGAAGAGUUUAUAUUAUCACCGUGGAGCAUGUUUCAUGGUUGCAGUGCUAUAACAUAUUCAUAAAUGACUAUAUACAGCAUAUAUAUAUAUAUAUAGCUGCAUCACUGCUCUGUGGCAAGCACCUGUAAUUCUUAUCAAUGAUGUGCAUUAUCUCGCUUUAAUUAGGUUUAUUUUUUUUCCAUUAUUGUUAGUAUGUUUUAGGAAAGUAUAUUAGAAAGUGUUUUUUGACAUUUGUCAAGAAGUCUUUGUUCUUGUAUUAUAAUUUACAUUCAAAAUGUCAGCCGGUGCACACUUACAUUCAUAUAACACUGUAAUACACUGUCAGUAUGAACAGCUUCAAAAUCAGUGUUACAUGCUCUAUAUUUAUUGCAAAGCAUUUCUGUGCUGCAGUCCCAUUUUUAGUUGUUUGUUGGAAUGACACUGAUGUAUUUAAAGUGAUUCCUUGUUUUCUUUUUUGGAGUAUUUAAAAAAAAAAAAAAAAUUCUUUUUUUGAUCUUUUACUUUUCCCCUGUUCUUCACCUAUACAUUUUAAAUGGACAUAUCUCAAACAAGCUUGUAUCGAAAAUGAAUGAUAAAUCAUUGUGGAUGCCACUUCACAAUGCUUAUCAUUAUGUCUUUAUAUCAAUUAUUUUAUGUUUGUAAAAAUUUGAAAUGGGAUAGAUUGCCAAUAGUCAUGUUUAACAAUGCACUGAAUGGUAGUUCCCUGUGUUUUCAUCAAUGCUGCGGCUUCACUUUACAUCAACCUCAAAAAAGUACAUUUUAGCUGCUGAAUGUAAAAUCAGUGUUUAUAAAAUCAAUGUAAUUUGUGUAAAACUUCCAAUCGUAUUUUGCUGGACACUCAAGUUUUCUUAAAAAAAAAAAAAAAAAAAAAAAAUCAUUAAAUGAAUUAAUUUAAAGUGAAUAAGAGACAAUGCCAGACAUUUAAAUUGCUCCUUGGGUCUGACACAUGGAUAAGGUCUUGGCAGGCUUGCAGAAUCCUUAUGUCCAGGAACAGCAUGCUCUAAUGAGUUGGUGAUAUAAUACAUUUGACUUGUGCAUUAGUGAGAAUAGAGUUUCAUAUAUUAAUAGCAGGCCUGUGUACAAAGUAUCCUUAACUACAAACAUAAGAACUACUUUUACAUCCAUAUUAUGCUUGUGAAAAGUUUUAUACUUUUUUUUUUUUUACAUUAACAUGCCAAUAACUCCCUCUAAACAGCAACCUGUUAAAAUGUUAAGACUUAACAUUUACUACCAGACUGCAUCCUCAUAAGGAAAGUGUUUAAAAAUGUCCCCAUCACUGUUAGUGACCUAUUAGUGUGGUGAAACACCAUUGUAAAUGUUACACAUUUAAACAGUUUCACAAGCUGAAAUCAAAACACAUAAACUUUAAUACCCUCCAAACUUGCUUUACAUUAUGGCUUCAAUACUUUUACACUAAAACCAACACUAUUCACAUAAUACAUGCCAGAACUGACCAAAAAGAUGUGAUGGGGAAAAAAUACCUGUACAUUCAUACAACAUUCUUCCAUUAAAGAUGAUGAACUAAAUAUAACAACUACUGAAUUCAGAAUCAGUUCAGUAUCCUUAUAUAAAUGGUGUACAAAUAUCCCAAUCUCAUUAUUCCUAAAAAAUAAAUUACAUACAGUAAAAUACAACACGAAAUACCUGAGUGCUACUAAAAACCAAAUAACAUUACACUGAAUGAAAGUUAUUCUUGAUGAUGAACAGCUGGAAUGGCUUUGAUGUGUAUGAUCUCAUUUAAACAUGAUUUGUCAUUUUGCUGUGUAUGUUUCAUGCGUUAGAUACCAGUGACUUUUUACAUUAUGUACAAUACAAUACACAAUACUCAUGGAAUGCACCAUUAGAGUGAAUGUACAAGUUAAAUCUAAUAUAGCUCAUAUCAAAGAAAACAGAUUAAUAUAAUAGAACGACUAUUUAAGUAAGUGUUGCUUAACACUUCACAAAGAUUCAUGUUGGUGUAACUAACAAUUUCUGUAAAAUACAAAACAGAUUUCCUUACAUUAACUCUAAAUGUUAAUCAAUGUAAACAAUGGAGAUAAUACACAACAUUACAACACAUCACAUUAUAUGCCUCUAAUUGUCUGACAAUUACUAAACACUUUUUGGCUAAGAGUGUAAAGAGACACUGGUAAAUCUCAUGGCCUGUAAAUCUACACCACCUACAAAAUCAACAAGGCAUGUGAUUGUUUGAAAGUUUGCCCUGCAGCAUCAAUGGAUUGUGUUUUCAUGUUUGAUAUGUACCAGUAAAUGCAACAUAUCCAUGGUGUAAAUAAACCCCUAAAAAACCUUGA